ACAGCACAGAGACACCCAGCUGCCAAAUCAACGUGCUUCCGAUCCCCCUGAGAGCUGUCAAAACAAAGUGGUGCCAAGCUCCUCCGUGCCAUUGACCCGAUGGGUUCCACGGAGCUUGCCGUCGCCGAGGUCGCUACUACGCCGGAGCCGAUCAUCUUCCGGUCGAAACUGCCCGACAUCGCCAUCACCAACACGCUCCCGCUGCACCGCUACUGCUUCGAGCGUCUCGACUCCGUCUCCUCACGCCCCUGCCUCAUCGACGGCCCCACGGCCGCCGUGCUCACCUACGCCGAGGUCGACGCCCUCUCCCGCCGCCUCGCCGCCGCGCUCCGCCGUGUCCUUCGCGUCCGCCGCGGCGCCGUGGUGAUGAACCUCCUCCGCAACUCGGCCGAGUUCGUGCUCUCCUUCUUCGCCGCCUCCCGCGCCGGCGCCGCCGUCACCACCGCCAACCCGGCCUCCACGCCCCACGAGGUCGCCGCCCAGCUCGCCGCCUCCCGCGCCACCGUCGUCUUCACCGAGUCCCUCGCCGCCCACAAGCUCCCUCCCCACGCCCACGACGGGAGCCCCCUGACUGUCAUCCUCAUCGACGACCGCCGCGACGGCUGCCUCCACUUCUGGGACGACCUCUUGUCCUCCGCCGGAGACGAAGACGAAGACAUCGAAGAAGACCCGGAAUUUGACCCGGACGACGUCGUAGCGCUGCCCUACUCGUCGGGGACGACGGGGCUGCCGAAGGGCGUCAUGCUGACGCACCGGAGCCUGAGCACCAGCGUGGCGCAGCAGGUGGACGGCGACAACCCCAACAUCGCGCUGACGGAGCACGACGUCAUCCUCUGCGCGCUGCCGCUGUUCCACAUCUACUCGCUCAACACCAUCAUGAUGUGCGCGCUGCGCGCCGGCGCCGCCAUCGUCCUCAUGCGCCGCUUCGACCUCGCCGACAUGGCCGAGCUCGUCGAGAAGCACCGGAUCACCGUCGCGCCGCUCGUGCCGCCGAUCGUCGUCGCCGUCGCCAAGAGCGGCGCCGGCGAUGGUGAAGACGUGGUGGCGAAGCGCGACCUGUCGUCGGUGAGGAUGGUGCUCUCCGGCGCCGCGCCCAUGGGGAAGGACAUCGAGGACGCCUUCAUGGCCAAGCUCCCCGACGCCGUGCUCGGACAGGGCUAUGGCAUGACGGAGGCCGGCCCGGUGCUGUCGAUGAGCCUGGCGUUCGCCAAGGAGCCCUUCAAGGUCAAGUCCGGCGCCUGCGGGACCGUGGUGCGCAACGGGGAGCUCAAGGUCGUCGACCCUGGCACCGGGAAGUCGCUCGGUCGGAACCAGAACGGCGAGAUCUGCAUCAGGGGGCAGCAGAUCAUGAAGGGGUACCUGAAUGACCCGGAGGCCACCAGGAACACCAUCGACGCCGACAGGUGGCUGCACACUGGCGACAUCGGAUUCGUUGACGACGACGACGAGAUCUUCAUCGUGGACCGGCUCAAGGAGAUCAUCAAGUACAGGGGCUUUCAGGUGGCCCCUGCCGAGCUUGAAGCCCUGCUCAUCACGCACCCAAGCAUUGCCGAUGCUGCCGUCGUCGGGGAACAGAUCGAACCUGAAAUCGGAGAAAUACCGGUGGCGUUCGUGGCGAGAUCUCAAGGGAGCGAUAUCAGCGAGGAUGACAUCAAGCAGUUCGUAUCCAAAGAGGUGAUCUACUACAAAAAGAUCCGCAAGGUGUUCUUCGUUGACACGAUCCCGAAGGCGCCGUCGGGCAAGAUCCUGCGGAAGGAGCUGAGGAAGCAGCUACAGCAGCAACAGCAAGAUCAAGCCUGAUUUGCAGUUUCAGUCUGUGAAGGGCACAUGUACAGUUCUCAUGAACAAGGUGCGUGCAUGAUGGCCUACACAUUCUCGUCAAGACAAAUAGAGAGAGAUCUGUUAUCUGGGGAAGGAGGCCGUUUCGUGCCUGACAGGCACCGGCAUUUUAACUGUUGCUAGUGUAGAGACUAGAGAGGGAGGCUGAAAAGGAUUAAGUGAAUUUUCCUGCUCGUGUUUACGAGGUCUUGUUUCUUGGUUUGCAUAAGGGACGUGACAUUAUUGGGAGAAAAUAAGUGGCAUGAUGGUUGAGCAGACAUUUCAGGAUUAAGUAUAUCUGGUAUGUCCGUGUGAUCGAUGUUUCGUUGGGGGUGUGAAGGUGUGCAAAUGAAUUAUGGACUGCGAUGGUGGUUUUACUGUUCCAUCGGUUGCUGCCAGCAGAUCGAUUUCGGUGUUGAACAAUUGGCGCAGAUGUAAACAUUAAUUUAAAAUGUAAAUUCAAUUUAAUACAAA